AUGCCUCCUAGUAGCUUGUCAAAGGCCGCCAACUUGAAAGCGUUGCUUACACGGGCACUGACGCUCAAUCUACCUCUAUAUCCUGAUAGUCCAACGCCAUCCGGGCUUUCGCUUUCCGAAAUUGCGUCUGCUGCAGCAACAGCUGUGCCAGAGUCGCCCGUCUCAAAUGUCCCAGGCCUUGCCUUUGACCGCUUCUACCAUCUCUGGAUGGAGAACACAGAUUUUAAAGUCGCAGCCGCGGACGAAAACAUGCAAUGGCUCGCAUCACAGGGCAUCCUGCUGACCAACUACUACGGCGUCACGCACCCUUCCAUGCCCAACUACUGCUCUUCAGUUGGCGGCGACAUCUGGGGAAUGGACCACGAUAACUUCGUCCAAAUGCCAUCUAACAUCUCUACUGUUGUUGAUCUCCUCGACACGAAGGGGAUUUCAUGGGGCGAGUAUCAGGAGCACCUCCCCUAUGCCGGAUUCAACUACUCGAACCAGAACACGCAUACGGAUGGCUAUGUCCGGCGACAUAACCCGCUUGUGCUGUUUGACUCGGUUACGAACAAUGACACGCGCGCCCGACAGAUUAAGAACUUUACUACCUUUGAGGAGGAUAUCAAGAAUAAGAGACUGCCACAAUGGGCAUUUAUCACACCCAACGUGACGAACGACGCGCACGACACGAAUAUCACCUUUGGUGCGAAGUGGGAGCGAUCAUGGGUUGCUGAUCUUCUCAAUAAUACAUACUUCAUGAACAACACACUCUUCCUCCUUACUUUUGACGAGGAUGCCUACGAUGGGAAUAAUAGGGUCUUCAGCGUGCUUCUCGGCGGGGCGAUCCCCGAGCACCUCAGGGGAACAACCGACGACACAUUCUACACGCAUUACUCGACCAUUGCCACCGUCUCAGCAAAUUGGGGUCUCCCCUCCCUAGGACGAUGGGACUGCGGUGCGAACAUCUUCGAAAUCGUUGCGAACAAGACCGGGUAUGUGAACUAUGAAGUGAACACCACGAACCUUCGUCUGAAUGAGACAUAUCCCGGCCCUGAAGCGAUUGGCUGGAUUGGACAGUAUUCACCCGUCUGGCCGGUUCCUGUCACUGAUGCGCAGUGCUCGGCUGGUCAUGGUGUGUUGGAAUCCGUCAAGGCUGCGUUUGCGGAGUCGACGCCGACGUAUAACUAUACCAGUCCGUAUCCGUGGGAUGCGAAGAAUGGGUAUAAUGCUGACGUUACUGCAACGAGGCCUACUAAUGGUACGGUUACGAACACGACUUCGGAUGAUGAGGAUGUCACACUAAGUAAUGCUGCGGGUAUGGCUGGAGGCUCUCCUAGUUCUGUGACUAUCACCUUGGUCCUGGCGGGCGUCCUUUCCUGGCUUUUUAUUUGA